AUGGAACAAAAUGGCACAACCAAGCGCAAGCAACCACCAACGUCACCAGCAACAGACCGUCCGGUGAAGCAGAUCAAGCCCGAAAUAGACGCACACGCCUCCAACGGAGUCAUGUCGCACUCGCCCGACCAGGAAGAGGCCAUGGACGAUGCGCAUAGCGAGUACAGCUCUCACGAGGAGAUUCCGUCAUCGGCGCAUAUCACAGCCGUCACAGGACAGGACACGGCAGAGUGGCAACGAACUAUAGAGAAUGUGGUCAAGAGCGUCGUAUCGAUACACUUCUGUCAGACAUGCUCGUUUGACACAGACCCGGCCAUUAGCUCAGAGGCAACUGGCUUUGUCGUGGAUGCUGAGAAGGGCUACAUCCUCACCAACAGGCAUGUUGUCGGCGCGGGACCGUUCAUCGGCUACUGCAUCUUCGAUAAUCACGAGGAAUGCGACGUCCACCCCGUCUACCGCGAUCCCGUCCACGACUUCGGCAUCCUCCGCUUCGACCCCAAGAAGAUCAAGUACAUGCCCGUCACCGCCCUCAAGCUCCGCCCAGACAACGCCAAAGUCGGCGUCGAGAUUCGCGUCGUGGGUAACGAUGCCGGAGAGAAGCUCAGUAUCUUGUCGGGAGUUAUCAGUCGAUUGGAUCGCAAUGCGCCCGAAUACGGCGAGGGCUACUCCGACUUCAAUACCAACUACAUUCAGGCUGCAGCUGCAGCGAGUGGAGGAUCCUCGGGCAGUCCCGUAGUAGACCGCGACGGAUUCGCAGUUGCGCUGCAAGCCGGCGGACGUGCUGAUGGUGCCGCGACCGACUACUUCCUGCCUCUGGACCGACCGCUACGUGCUCUCGAGCUUGUCCGCCAAGGCCAGCAUGUCUCUAGAGGCACCAUUCAGACCCAGUGGAUACUGAAGCCCUUCGACGAGUGCCGGAGACUAGGUCUCUCUCCUGCCCUGGAGAAAGAGAUCCGCACUCAGUUCCCCAAGGAGACAGGCAUGUUGGUCGCUGAGGUGGUUCUACCCCAAGGGCCUGCGUCUGCCAAGGUUGAAGAAGGUGAUCUUCUGUUGCGUGUCAACGGAGAGUUGCUCACACAGUUCGUCCGACUUGAUGCCAUUCUUGACGACAACGUUGGCAAGACUAUCUCUGUGACCAUACAGCGUGCUGGGGAGAACAUGGAUGUUGAGCUAGACGUUGGCGAUCUCCAUGCCAUCACCCCUGACAAGUUUGUUUCUGUCGCAGGCGCAUCUUUCCACGACCUCUCAUACCAACAAGCUCGCCUCUACGCCAUCUCGCUGAAAGGCGCGGGUGUGUACGUCUGCGAGGCAGCUGGUUCCUUCAGGUUCGCCGACGGCUACACAUCAGGGUGGUUGAUUCAGGAAGUUGACAACCAGCCGACACCAGACCUUGAUACCUUUAUUGAAGUCAUGAAGAAGAUCCCAGACCGUAAGCGAGUGGUUAUGAUGUACAAGCAUCUGCGCGAUCUGCAUACUGCGAACACUAGUAUUACUGCUGUGGACAGGCAUUGGCAUGCAAAGAUUCGGGUAGCAACACGCAAUGACUCCACAGGCUUGUGGGACUUCAAACCACUCGCCGAUGCCAUUCCAUCUGUGCCUCCUGUUCCUCGCCGUGCGAACUUCGUCAAGAUGAGCUCAAGCUAUCCUGAGGCUGUAGACAUUGUUCGUAGCUUCGUACGAGUGCAUGUCUCUAUGCCUAUUAAGCUAGAUGGCUUCCCCAAGAUGAACAAACAGGGCUAUGGACUCGUUGUCGAUGCUGAACAGGGUCUUGUCCUUGUCUCGAGAGCGAUUCUGCCAUAUGACCUUUGCGACAUCUCGCUCAUCAUUGCUGACAGCAUCUUUGUCGAUGCCAAGGUUGUCUUCAUGCACCCAUUGCAGAACUAUGCCAUUGUCAAGUACGAUGCCUCUCUUGUCAACGCUCCUGUAAAGACACCCAAAUUCGCCACCGACUUCAUCAAGAAAGGAGCAGAGACCAUCUUCUUUGGCAUCAACCAAAACUUCCGACCUGUCGUAGCAAAGACUGUCGUCACUGAUAUCACCACAGUCGCGAUUCCAGCUAGCGCAAUCACACCUAGAUACCGUGCGACCAACUUCGACGCCAUCACUGUAGACACGAACCAAGCCUCACAUAGUGGUUCUGGCGUGUUGAUCGCUGAGGAUGGCACCGUUCAGGCUCUGUGGCUCUCGUACCUAGGCGAGCGGACAUCACAUAGUGGCAAAGAUGUUGAAUACCAUCUUGGUCUUGCAACGCCCAACCUUCUGCCAGUUCUCAACGAGAUCCGAGGCGGAACCACACCCAAGCUACGUAUCUUGAACGUCGAGUUCCAGACCGUCCAGAUGAGUCAGGCCCGCGUCAUGGGUGUCUCAGAGGAAUGGAUCGAGAAGACUGAGACGGCUGAUCCAGAGCGCCACCAGCUCUUCAUGGUUCGCAAGGUCGAUUCAGGUCACGGCGAUGGUCUCAACGAAGGCGAUGUCCUCCUUACGCUCAAUGGCAAGCUGGUCACACGUUCACCCGACCUCGACGUCAUGUACAACAACGAGUUCCUGGACGCCGUCGUUGUGCGCAAGCGUGAGGAGAAGACUAUCAAGGUAUCUACUGUUGCAACAGAGGACCUUGAGACUGACCGCCUAGUCAGCUUCUGUGGUGCCACUUUCCAUCGCCCUCAUCAGGCUGUACGCCAGCAGAUCAGCAAGAUUCACUCGGAUGUUUACAUCUCGUCGCGGGCUCGUGGAUCACCGGCAUACAUGUAUGGGCUCGCGCCUACCAACUUCGUCACACACGUGAAUAACGUCCCUACUCCCAAUUUGACGGCCUUCCUCACCGAAAUUAAGAAGAUAAAGGACAAUGAAUACUUCCGUAUGAAGGUAAUGACCUUUGACAAUGUACCAUGGGUCGCGACUAUGAAGAAGAAUGAACACUACUUCCCAACCAUCGAGCACAUCAAGGAUGCGUCCGCGCCACUGGGUUGGAAGAAGAUUAUACAUGAGUGUGAUGCUGGUGGUGCAAGGGAAGAGAUGGGGCCGGAUGAGCUGGAGGCGGAUGCUGCGGAUGACUCUACACUCUCUCACCACACCACCACGUUUGAAGCCAAACUACGAAUCGCAACCAUGACUUCAUCGAUCUUCUAUAAAUUCAAGAAUUCGAAGGAUAGCGAACGUAUAGUAUUCAACGGCACCGAUCUGAGUGUUUUCGAGCUCAAGAAGGAGAUAAUCAGCGCGAGCGGCCUCGGCGAUGGAACGGAUUUCAACCUACACAUCUACCCUCAAGAUGACCCUGCUUCCGAGUACAAAGACGACACUACCUUAAUACCGCGAUCCUCCACCGUAAUAGCGAUUCGCCGCCCAGCGCCUCGCGGGCAGGGCCGAGCUGCCAGAUAUGUCAAUGGCAAGCCCCCUGUUCGUGCCUUUACUACACAAAGCAAGCCUGUCGCGCCUGCACCUCCCACAAGCAAUGCGACACCAGAAGAUGCUGAGGCCGCGUUUUUGGCUGAGUCGGCGAUGGCCUGGGACGCGCAGAAGGAGGCACUUUCACAUGCAAAGCCCGUCUACCGUAAGAACAACACCAAGAACGUCGUAGUCCCUUCACAUCCUCCCCCUCCUGGCUACGUAUGUCGCCGCUGUAAUAUCAAAGGCCACUGGAUUCAGGCCUGCCCUACGAACGACGAUCCCGACUUCAAACCCGUUUUCCAAGCGAAGCGCACCACCGGCAUACCACAGUCCUUCUUAAAGAAGGUCGAGAAGCCUGUCGACGAAGAGGCUGCAAAGGGCGUCAUGCUUAACGCCGACGGCGAAUACGUACAAGUCAUGACUGACCAGAAGACAUGGGACAAGUUUCAAGAGAAGACAAAUGCAUCACGAGCGCGCGCAGCAAGCGCUGACGCCGCAAGCAAAGAGCUCCGCGAGCGCGGAUUCGAAUGCCCCAUCGACAACCAAAGAUUUGUCGACCCAGUCAAGACACCCUGUUGUGGUAAGACAUACUGCCGUGAGUGCAUCGACAAUGCGCUGGCAGACGGUGAUCUGAUUUGUCCAAACUGCGCAAAGGAGGAUGUUCUAAUGGAUGAUCUCGUUACUGAUGACGACAUGGUCAAGUCUCUCAAGGCAUACGACGCAGAGAAGGCAGCAGAGAAGGAAAAGGCAGCAAAGGCAGCAGUUGCUUCAACAAAUGAAUCAGUUAAUCAAUCACUUGCUACUGACAACGCAUCUUCUUCUGUCGCAAAUGACGAUACAAAUGCCACCACUACUGCUACUCCAGCAGCGGCGGCGACUGCUGCGGCUGACGAAGUAUCCGAUACUGACUCAACCUCUUCAAAGAAGCGCAAGCAGCCUCCUACAGACAUCAAGCCUCCCACCGCACCGAAAGCCAUGCGUCAAGCGGCCGAUCCCGCCUCGAAGAUGGAGCAGGACUUUAUACAACAGAUGGAGAUGCUCAAGAACGCACCGAUGGGGCCCAUGGGAAUGCCGAUGGGUAUGCCUAUGCCAAUGCAGAUGCCUCAGCAAAUGGGGUUCCAGAACGGCUAUCAGAUGGGCUUCCAGCCGCAACAACAGCAACAGAUGCCACAACAGCAGUGGUUUCCUCAGCAAAAUUUUGGUUACAAUCAACAACAGUUCGGUCAGCAGUACAACCAGCAGCAACAGUACGGAUGGGGUGGACAAGGGCAAUGGGGCAACGGGCAAGGGCAGGCACAGGGACAACAAGACCCUAACGAUGCGUACGAUAGGCAACCGGUCAAUCCUCGAGGUCGCAACCGCAGAUCUCGUGCACCAGAUUUCCGCUACCUUUGA